CACCGCUCUCCCCCUCACUCUUUCGCUCGCCGCGGCGCUGCCAGUGUGUGGCUCUGUCUCUCCUCGGCUUUGCUGAGCCCUCCCUUCUUCCUCUCAGUUCCUAGAGUCCGACCACCGCCGCCGUGAGAGGAGAAGGAGGGGGAGUGGCCGCAGUGGAUCCUAUCUGGCAGUGAGUGGCUGUCAUGAUCUCUACAGCACCGCUCUACAGCGGCGUGCACAACUGGACCAGUUCUGACCGGAUUCGCAUGUGCGGCCUCAACGAGGAGAGAAGAGCACCUCUUUCUGAUGAGGAAUCCACGACAGGUGACUGCCAGCACUUUGGAUCUCAGGAGUUUUGUGUCAGCAGCAGUUUUUCCAAGGUGGAGCUCACAGCAGUUGGAAGUGGCAGCAAUGCCCGGGGGGCAAACCCAGAUGGCAGUACAACAGAAAAACUUGGGCACAGGUCACAAGAUCAGCCUGAUGAUCCCCAGCCAAAAAUGGACUAUGUUGGGAAUGCAGGAGAGGCGGAGGGCCUCCUGAUGCCACUGAGCAGCCCAGGAGACGGGCUUAAGCUGCCCACUCCUGAUAGCACUGAGGCCAGCCAUAGCAGGGCCAAUUGCUCCUGGACUCCCCUAAGCACCCAAAUGAGCAAACAGGUUGACUGCUCGCCAGCCGGGGUAAAGGCUUUGGACUCUCGGCACAGUGUUGGGGAGAAGAACACUUUUAUUUUGGCAACUCUCGGAACUGGAGUCCCUGUGGAGGGAACCCUGCCUCUAGUUACCACUAACUUCAGUCAGCUUCCGGCACCUAUCUGCCCUCCUGCCCCUGGGUCGGCCUCUGUGACCCCAUCAGUUCCCGAUCCAUUCCAAGUUCCCCUUUCUGUCCCAGCCCCGGUGCCCCACUCAGGACUAGUUCCAGUCCAGGUUGCCACAUCGGCUUCAGCUCCUUCUCCUCCCCUAGCACCAGUGCCCGCUCUAGCUCCAGCACCGCCCUCGGUGCCUACUCUCAUCUCUGAUUCAAACCCUCUCUCUGUGUCAGCCUCUGUCUUGGUGCCUGUGUCAGCCUCUGCUCCCCACUCAGUCCCAGUGCCACUGUCGGCUCCUGCUCCUACUCCUCUCACUGUCUCUGUUUCUGCACCUCCCUUGGCCCUGAUCCAGGCUCCUGUGCCUCCUUCAGCUCCCACUUUGGUCCUUGCUUCUGUCCCAACUCCGGUUCUAGCUCCCAUGCCAGCAUCCACGCCUCCAGCAGCUCCUGCCCCUCCAUCUGUGCCAAUGCCCACUCCAACCCCAUCUUCUGGCCCACCUUCUACCCCCACCCUUAUCCCUGCUUUUGCUCCUACACCGGUGCCUGCACCCACCCCGGCCCCAAUCUUUACUCCAGCCCCCACGCCCAUGCCGGCUGCCACACCAGCUGCCAUCCCCACCUCAGCACCCAUUCCAGCCUCCUUCAGUUUGAGUCGAGUGUGUUUUCCUGCAGCUCAGGCACCAGCUAUGCAAAAAGUCCCCCUGUCUUUUCAGCCAGGGACAGUGUUGACCCCUAACCAGCCGCUGGUAUACAUCCCACCUCCGAGUUGUGGGCAGCCACUCAGUGUGGCUACACUGCCAACUACUCUGGGAGUCUCUUCCACACUCACGCUCCCAGUUCUGCCAUCUUACCUACAGGAUAGGUGUCUUCCGGGUGUGUUGGCCUCCCCAGAGCUCCGCUCUUAUCCAUAUGCAUUUUCUGUGGCCCGGCCUUUGGCUUCAGAUUCGAAGUUGGUCUCUUUAGAGGUGAACAGGCUCUCCUGUACGUCCCCAUCCAGCAGCACUAACACCCAGCCUGCUCCUGAUGGGGUCCCUGGACCUUUGGCAGAUACCUCUCUCACCACUGCUUCUGCCAAGGUGCUUCCAACUUCUCAACCUUUGCUGCCAGCCCCCAGCGGGAACUCAGUCCCACCACACCCCUCCAAGAUGCCAGGGGGCACCGAGCAACAAACAGAAGGAACUUCUGUUACCUUCUCUCCUCUCAAGUCACCUCCACAACUGGAGAGAGAGAUGGCCUCUCCACCCGAGUGCAGUGAGAUGCCUCUUGACCUCUCUUCCAAGUCCAACCGUCAGAAGCUUCCAUUGCCGAACCAGCGUAAAACACCUCCCAUGCCUGUUUUGACCCCUGUGCACACCAGCAGCAAGGCCCUCCUUUCCACAGUCCUGUCUAGGUCUCAGCGCACAACUCAGGCUGCUGGCAGCAAUGUCACUUCCUGCCUGGGCUCCACUUCUUCACCUUUUGUUAUCUUUCCUGAGAUGGUGAGGAAUGGAGACCCAAGCACCUGGGUAAAAAACUCAACUGCUCUGAUCAGCACCAUUCCUGGCACAUAUGUGGGAGUGGCCAACCCAGUGCCUGCAUCCCUGCUGUUGAACAAGGACCCUAACCUGGGCCUUAAUCGAGAUCCUCGCCAUUUCCCCAAGCAGGAGCCUAUCUCCAUCAUUGAUCAAGGAGAGCCUAAGAGCACUGGUGCCACUUGUGGCAAGAAAGGCAGCCAGGCUGGUGCUGAGGGACAGCAAAGCACAGUCAAAUCCCGUUAUACCCCAGCCCGCAUUGCCCCUGGACUGCCAGGGUGCCAAACCAAGGAGCUAUCUUUAUGGAAACCUACAGGGCUGGCAAAUAUGUACCCACGAUGUUCUGUCAAUGGGAAACCCACUAGCACCCAGGUCCUGCCUGUUGGCUGGUCACCAUACCACCAAGCAUCCCUGCUUUCUAUUGGCAUUUCCAGUGCCGGGCAACUAACCCCCAAUCAGGGGGUGCCUAUCAGGCCCACCAGCAUUGUUUCUGAGUUUUCUGGUGUGUCAUCUCUUGGCUCCAAUGAAGCUGUUCAUGGACUUCCUGAGGGGCAGCCACGGCCUGGGGGCCCCUUUGCUUCAGAACAGGAUGCUGUCACAAAGAACAAAACUUGCCGAAUUGCUGCCAAGCCUUAUGAAGAACAAGUCAAUCCUGUCCUCUUGACUCUCAGCCCUCAGACAGGGACCCUGGCGCUGUCUGUUCAGCCUAGCAGUGGGGACAUUGGAGUGAAUCAGGGACCUGAAGAAUCUGAGAACCACCUCUGCUCUGAUAGUACUCCUAAGAUGGAAGGCCCCCAGGCAGCCUGUGGCCUGAAGCUGGCGGGAGACACAAAGCCUAAAAACCAAGUGCUUGCUACCUAUAUGUCCCAUGAGCUGGUCCUGGCCACACCCCAGAACUUGUGCAAGAUGCCUGAGCUGCCUUUGCUACCUCAUGACAGCCACUCUAAGGAACUUGUUUUAGAUGUGGUUCCAAGCAGCAAGAGGGGCCCCAGCACAGACCUUUCACAGCUUGGAAGUCAGGUGGAUCUGGGGCGGGUGAAAAUGGAGAAAGUGGAUGGUGAUGUGGUCUUCAAUUUAGCCAACUGCUUCCGGGCUGAUGGUCUCCCAGCAGUUCCCCAGAGGGGCCUGGCUGAGGCUCGGGCUAAAGCUGGGCAAACUCGAGUCAAGCGGGAAAGCGUUGGGGUCUUUACUUGCAAGAACAGUUGGCAACCAGAUGAAGAGACAGAAUCUCUGCCACCCAAAAAGGUGAAGUGUAACAAAGAAAAGGAAACUGAGGAAGAGCCACAGCAGCAACAGCAGCAGCAGCCACCACCACCACCACCACAGCCACAUGAUAAGCCCGUGGUCCAGAGUUCCCUGGGAUCCAAGUGCCGGAAGCUGCCUGGAGACCCCCAGGAACCCACCAAGAAAAGCCCCAGAGGGGCUUCAGAUUCAGGAAAAGAGCACAAUGGAGUCAGGGGAAAGCACAAGCACCGGAAGCCAACAAAGCCAGAGUCCCAGCCUCCAGGAAAACGAGCUGACGGUCAUGAGGAAGGUUCCUUGGAAAAGAAAGCAAAGAGCAGUUUCCGUGACUUCAUCCCUGUGGUUCUGAGCACUCGGACACGUAGUCAGUCUGGAAGCAUCUGUAGCUCCUUUGCUGGUAUGGCAGACGGUGACAUGGGAAACCAGGAGGUCUUCCCUACAGAGGAAGAGGAGGAGGUGGCUCCUACCCCAGCUAAGAGAAGAAAGGUGAGAAAGACCCAAAGGGAUACCCAGUACCGCAGCCAUCAUGCCCAGGACAAGACCCUGCUGAGCCAAGGCCGCAGACAUCUGUGGCGAGCCCGAGAGAUGCCCUGGAGGACAGAGGCUGCCCGGCAAAUGUGGGACACCAAUGAAGAGGAGGAAGAAGAUGAGGAAGAGGGCCUGGUAAAGAGAAGGAAACGGAGACGACAGAAGAGCCGAAAAUACCAGACUGGAGAGUACUUGACAGAACAAGAAGAAGAGCAACGUCGGAAAGGGAGAGCAGAUUCAAAGGCCCGUAAGCAGAAGACUUCCUCCCAAAGUUCAGAGCACUGCCUCAGGAACAGGAACCUUCUCUUGUCCAGCAAAGCCCAGGGGAUCUCGGACUCACCAAACGGUUUCCUCCCAAAUAACCUGGAGGAACCAGCCUGCCUUGAAAAUUCAGAAAAGCCAUCAGGAAAACGAAAGUGCAAGACCAAGCACAUGGCAAACGUCUCAGAAGAGGCAAGGAGCAAAGGUCGUUGGAGCCAGCAGAAGACACGAUCUUCUAAAUCUCCCACUCCAGUGAAGCCCACAGAACCAUGUACACCCUCCAAGUACCGAAGUACUGGCCCAGAAGAGGCCUCAGAGUCACCCACUGGCCGACAGAUUCCCCCAGAGGCUCGGAGACUCAUAGUAAACAAAAAUGCUGGUGAGACCCUCCUACAGCGAGCAGCUCGCCUGGGCUAUAAGGACGUUGUUCUCUACUGCCUCCAGAAGCACAGUGAGGACGUGAAUCACCGCGACAAUGCGGGCUACACAGCCCUGCACGAGGCCUGUUCCCGGGGCUGGACUGAUAUCCUGAACAUCCUGUUGCAACAUGGGGCUAAUGUGAACUGCAGUUCGCAGGAUGGCACAAGGCCAGUUCAUGAUGCUGUGGUCAAUGACAACCUAGAGACCAUCUGGCUUCUGCUAUCCUAUGGAGCUGAUCCCACACUGGCUACCUACUCGGGUCAGACAGCCAUGAAGCUGGCCAGCAGUGAUAACAUGAAGCGCUUCCUCAGUGAUCACCUCUCGGAUCUUCAGGGCAGAGCAGAGGGCGAUCCUCGUGCAUCCUGGGAUUUUUACAGCAGUUCUGUGUUGGAGAAAAAAGACGGGUUUGCCUGCGACCUCCUCCAUAAUCCUCCUGGGAGUGCCGAGCAAGGAGACGAUUCAGAACAGGAUGACUUCAUGUUCGAACUCUCAGACAAGCCUCUUCUCCCUUGUUACAACCUCCAAGUGUCAGUGUCCCGUGGACCCUGCAACUGGUUCCUCUUCUCCGAUGUCCUGAAGAGGCUGAAGCUUUCCUCAAGAAUCUUUCAGGCCCGGUUUCCGCACCUUGAAGUCACCACCCUGCCCAAGGCUGAGUUCUACCGGCAGGUGGCCUCAAGUCAGCUGCUGACCCCAGCUGAGAGGCCUGGGAGCUUGGAGGACAGAUCUCCCCCAGGCUCUUCUGAGACUGUGGAGUUGGUGCAGUACGAGCCAGAGCUGCUGCGGCUCCUAGGGUCUGAGGUGGAAUACCAGUCUUGGAGCAGUUGACCGAAACAGCCCUCCGUGUUCUUCUUUCUCCUCCGAGUUCACCCUUUCCCCACCGCCCAUGUCUCCCCCACCGAGCACCAGACUGCAGAAUGAGGCAAUAAUACGGACCAACAAGAAGCCACCUUAUCAAUGCCAGCAUUAGUGACUGGAGCUUUUUUCUUUGGGUUACAGUUAGUUCUCAUCUCCAUGUUGUUGUGGUUGGUGAUCUGGUGGAAAGUUGAACUCCACUUCUGAAGACAAGAGGUGUGGAGAUGUUGGGAAGUGGCACCAGGGUCCCUGGGACUGGCUUCUAUGCUUAUGACCAAGACCAAACGUGGGCCUGGGUGACUGUGGCCUGUCCUAAGGAGAAAUGAGAAAAGCCCAAAUCUCUGAGUGCCCCUCCCCAUUUCCCUGUACUCUUCUGUCUUCCAUAGUAUUUAUUUUAUUAGUAUUUAAUUUGUAUUGUUUCAUUGAUUUCUGCUAAGUCUGUAUCACUGUGACAAUUUGAGACAACUUGUUUUGAGGGACUUUCUUUACCUCCUUUCCUUUUUCUUCCUGGAUAAGCUUUGGGGAUGCUUGUUCCCUCUAUGAAACUGAUUCCCAGGUUGUCCUUCCCCCAGCUGGGGAGGGAGCAGGAUGAGGAAGGAUAGGGGACAUCAUCACACAACUAAACAUCCUGGCUGCUGCUGGCCCAGAGCUGGGGAACUGGGGUCAAAUCCCUGGCCUUUGGUGCUCCCCCACCCCCUGCCAGUUUUGCCCCACCCCUGCCCUUUGUAGCAGCUCUGCCAUCUUAGUGUUUACUAGGGAGAGGGUUUCCUGAGUUCCUCUAAUAAAGGCAGAUUGAGAAUGGGCCUGAGGGAUGAGGGGGCCUCCCUCAUACUGCUCUGCUCAGAGAGCACAGUAUGAAGUUAUUCUGGCAUCUUUUGCCCUGUACCCCUCCUUGCCUCACCCUUCCUCCCUGGGCUCCCCAUCUUGAGAUACUGAGCCUUUCACUUCCCAGCCUUUGCCUUGCCACCCCUACCACAGACUUCCAGCACCCUUCCCCCUGUCUCCUCCACCAGUCUCUGAUUCUCCUCUGGAAUCUGUAAAGGACCCUGAGGCUGACUAGGCAAGGGCAGGGACAAGUCUCUAGUCUGGCUCUACGCCCACUUAGGGACUUGUAGCUGUGCGAGUGGCUUGUGGGCCUUGAGAAGCCUAGUGUUAGACCUGAUACAGGGCAGAGGGAGGGAGGGAGGGAGGGAGGAGGAGCUUGGGUUGUUUCCAUGGCCCCACCCUCCAUGGCAUUAUCUUUUCCACUCUUCUUAUUUUUCUAUAGAUUGUUAUUUUGAGUAUGUACCAUUGAAAGGCAGGAGGGCCUUGUUGUGGUUGGCUCUGGAUGGAGAUGGUGCAGUUUAUUGUACAGGUGCUAAACAACAACAAAAGAAAAUGGAAAAAAAAAGACACAAAAAAGGAAAAAAAAGCCAGUUUGGGGAUGGGACAAUCUGUUCUCGGGAGGCUCCUGACCCAUUUAGGAGCAUUGUUUCUUUUAACUGUGUGUGAUUUUUGUUCCCAUGGGGAUUUUCUGGGCCCCUUUCUGUAGGACAACCCCACCAUAUGCUGCCCAAUUGGUUUUGAACAAUUGUUUUCCCUUUUUAACAAAUAUAUAUAUAUAUAUAUAUAUAUAUAUAUAUAUAUAUAUAUAUGUUGAGGGGGCUUGGAUUUCAAUUUUCUUUGUUUUGUUGAGAUUUAUGAUACUGUGUGGUUUAUUUUGUUUUCUGUUUGCCUUUACUUUGUUUUGCAUUUUGGUGUGUACUCUGGCUGCCCUUUAUGUUUCGUUUUAA